AGUCGUUAAUUAAAUUGGUUCCAAAAUUCCAACUUUGUUUUUGACUAAAAACAUUAAUUUACUGUUGAUUGUUGAACGUAACGCCUAUGCUUCCAACUUUGAUCGCUUUAAUUUCAUCAUCGUGCAGCAAAUUGAAGAAUCAAACAAAAACUGCAAAAAAUUCCCCUCUUUUUUUUUCUCUCUUUUCUCGUCUCACAGUUGUCGCCGGCCGAAUAUUACCCACAAUAAAUUCCAACAAACAGUUUUUGAAAAAUCCCACAAAUUUCUUCUUCACUUCCUUCCCCCCCUUUUCUGUGGAAAAAAGUUACUAUCUUUUUUCUUCUUGUAGCUUUUUUGAAGAUGAACGAUCUUCUCACGGAUUCCUUCGUCGGAGAUGCCAAAGGCAACACGUCGAGAGAGGCCGAUAUAGAGAUGGGCCGCCCCCGACUUCCCCGGAGUAGCUCGGAUGCGGCUUUGGAGUCCUUCAAUAAGCAGAUACAAGAGGUCGAGGCGCAGGUGGAGAAACUCUCUGUUUUGCUACAGAAACUUAAGGAAGCCAACGAGGAGUCAAAAUCGGUUACAAAAGCAUCUUCAAUGAAAGCUAUCAGGAAACGGAUGGAGAAGGACAUUGAUGAAGUGGGGAAGAUAGCACGCAACAUAAAAUUGAAAAUCGAGGCCACAAAUAAAGAUAACUUAGCUAAUCGGCAAAAGCCUGGCUGCGGAAAGGGGACUGCCGUUGAUAGGUCAAGAACGAACAUGACAAAUGCCUUGACGAAGAAAUUUAAAGACCUCAUGACGGAGUUUCAGACUUUAAGACAGAGGAUAGAAGAAGAGUAUCGCGAGGUUGUUGAGAGACGAGUGAUCACAGUUACCGGAACUCGACCGGAUGAAGAGACGAUCAAUCAUCUCAUUGAAACCGGAAACAGUGAACAGAUAUUCCAGCAAGCAAUGCAAGAAUCGGGGCGAGGCCAGGUGAUGAACACUUUGGAGGAGAUUCAAGAGAGGCAUGAUGCUGUAAAAGAGAUCGAGAAAAAACUUCUCGAUCUUCAUCAGAUCUACCUUGACAUGGCUGUGCUAGUUGAAGCUCAAGGCGACAUCUUGGACAACAUUGAGAGCCAGGUCACGAACGCAGUCGACCACGUGCAGUCGGGGACGACUGCGCUGCAAAAUGCGAGGGAAUUGCAGAAGAGUUCAAGGAAAUGCAUGUGCAUUGCCAUUAUACUUCUCUUACUAAUCGUAGCAAUUAUAGUUCUAAGCGUGGUCCGACCAUGGAAAAAUUGAGAAAGGGCAUGCACUUCGUUAUCUGUGUCGUGACCGAAAAUAUCGAGGCCCGACCGGGCUCCGUUUUUCGUGUCGCGAGCGGAAGACGUCGGUAGCCGUAGCUAGUUAGGAAGAUUGACACUUGAGAGUCUCUUUGCAUCAUAUUUGUGGUUUUGAGUCAUAACUUGUUUGUUUGUGUGCUCGUGAGCCUUGAAUGUGUUCGAUAAAUUUUUAAGAGUGUGUAGUGUGAUACAUCUAAUAUGUAUAAAUAAAUGGUAUAUUGUACCAAAUAUUUUUCAAGGGAAAUGAGAAAAAUAAGAAUUACUCCCUCCA